AUGAUGGAGGAGCAGAGUCAGGACACUGUGGGAGGAGGAGGAGGAGGAGGACAGUCUAUAAAGGAUGAAGAGCCCGACAAUGAGAACCUGACAGAGAUGGCAGCUCCAGACGCAGAGGAGGAAGAUGAAGACGCUCUUCCUCACUCAGAGAUCCUGGAUAUUUUCGAGGAGGGACUUGCUCGGCUGGUGCAGGACCCUUUACUCUGUGAUCUGCCUAUCCAGGUGACGCUGGAGGAGGUGAAUUCUCAGAUUGCUUUGGAGUAUGGUCAGGCGAUGACGGUGAAGGUUUUAAAGGCAGAUGGUGAAAUAAUGCCCAUUGUGGUGGUGCAAAAUGCCACUGUGCUUGACCUGAAGAAGGCCAUUUGCAGAUUCAUGGAGCUGAAACAACAACGUGAAGGGGGAGUGAAACAUGUCAGCUGGAGAUAUGUUUGGAGAACUUAUCAUUUAGUCUUUCAAGGGGAAAAGCUUGAAGAUGACAAGAUGAGGCUUAAAGACUACAGGAUCAGGAACAGAGAUGAAGUGACAUUCAUGAAGAGACUCCGGAAAAAGUGAAAUGUCACAACCAACAUUUGUCACAUCAUGAAAAAACACCAUUUCCUUUCGUGUGACUUGAAAUGACUUUCACACACAAGUAUGUGACUUGUUUUAUUUUAAGCAUUUGUUUUUGUUGCAGUCUUGAUUUGUGUACACAUUCUAAAUAUUUAUCCAGAAUCUCACUUUACAAAUUGAAUGUAAAUAAGAUUUCUGGAGACAAGACGUUAAGCCCAUUUUGUAUUUUUUAAAGUUCAAAAAUAUUAAAAUAUAUUACAAUA